GUAAUGUACGUGAUAUCAUGUUGUCGGAUUUCAAAUGCCUGCAUGCUCUAAUUAUCGUGAGAGAUGGUGUUGAAAGCAAUGAUGAUCAAGAGUUGCCAAGUUCAUUCGGCGAGCUGAUACAUUUGAGAUGUCUUGACAUUUCAGGCAUAAGGAUUAAAUGUUUGCCAGAUUCGAUUGGUGAACUCUAUCACUUGCAGACAUUUAGAGCAAGCUAUGUUUUGGAGAAGAUGCCAAACACAACGAAACACUUGACGAGCUUGAGACAUCUCCACAUUCCUCAAAUAGAAUUACCUCCGGAGAUAGGAAGAUUAAUUUCUCUUCGAACACUACCAUACUUUGUAGUGGGCGACGAAAAGGGUUGUGGAAUUGGUGAGCUUGGAAGCUUGAAGAAUCUUCGGGGGGAACUAGAUAAUUAUAAUCUUGAAAAGGUGCAUAGCAAAGAAGAGGCCGAGAGUGCAAAUUUAUCACAAAAGCAAGACAUUGUCCAAUUAAUGCUUCGUUGGAGUACUGAAAAUAGAGAAGGUGAAAAUUGUGACGAGAGUGUGUUGGAAGGUCUCCAACCCCAUCCAAAUCUAAGAAUUUUAAGGAUUGGUGGAUUCAGCGGAAAACGUUUUCCGUCAUGGUUUUCGAAUUUGUCUGGGCUUAAUAAUUUGACGAUGAUAAUGAUUGCAAGGUGCAAAGAAUGUGAACAAGUCCCGACGUUAGGGCACUUGCCGAAUCUCAAGUCUAUUCUUUUAAGGGGUCUAGACAAUGUGCAAACCAUAGGUUCGUUAUUCUACGGAAUCGAUGACAAUUGUAGUAGCACAUCAAGCAACAGAGUUUCCAAGACGGUGUUUCCUGCGCUUGUAAGGCUCGAGUUGCAGGGAAUGCCAAAACUGACGGAAUGGUUAGAAGCGGAAUUGCCAAGUGCAGUAGACAAUCAAGAAUUGGUGGCAUUUCCUCGCCUCGAAUACUUGGAGGUCCAUGGUUGCGAGCAAUUGAUGAGUGUUCCAAGUCACUUCCCAUGUCUUAAAGAAUUGAAUAUUAUUGCCUUAGAUAGCGAAUUACCUUUCACAAGUAUAUGUGGGAUCAAAUUGAACUCGCUUACAGAGCUCCAAAUUUAUUCAAUUGAUGGAUUGACGUGUCUCCCGGAUUGGUUAUUGAGCAACAAUCAAAAUCUUAGGAAGUUGGCGAUAUCGUAUUGUAACAACUUAACGCAUCUAGUUCCGCGCUUGGAAGGUGCGGGAGUUUCUCUUAGGGAUUUGUUUAUAUAUAAUUGUCCGAAACUCAGAGAAUUACCGGAUGAUCUACACAGCCUCAAUGCUCUCGAGAAGUUGAAUAUAACUGGUUGCCCGAAUCUGGAAACAAUACCUUAUCCGCAUGAAAUGAUGGAGUCAUCCCUCGAGAGUUUGACACUGAAGGGAUUGACGAAUUUAAGGAAUAUGGAAAUGGUGAUUGGGUGGUAUUGCUCGAAUAAAAUGCCUCGCCUGUCGACACUAAUUCUUGAUGUUCCGAUGAUGAAUAUGAUCACCACUAAUUCAUCUUCCUUGUCGGAGAUUACAGCUGGUUCUUCUUCUUCCGGUCAUGACAGUAGUUUGCGGUAUUUAAGCAUCGAUAGUACAAGAUGCGAUGAGUACUCAAAUUCAUUCGUUGACGCCAUUUUGAAAGCAUCGACCAAAUCUCUUAAUAUCUUGUCGUUGGCAGGGAAUAAUUGUGACGACCAAAGUAGUGGUUAUCUACCGGAUCAGAUUCAACAUCUCACUGCUCUUUCUAAGCUAUUCUUACACGAUUUAGGAAAUAUACAAGAAUUUCCUGAAUGGUUUGGGAACAACAACAGCUUUUCGUCGUCUCUGCAGCUAUUACAUAUAAACAACUGCAAGAAGUUGCGACAUUUGCCAUCCAAGGAAGCAAUGCUACACCUCACCAAAUUAAGUUACUUAGCUGUCGGUCGUUGUCCACUAUUAAAUUUAAAGAAAAUACGAGAAAUAAGUGAUGAUGAUGAUUCAGAGUGGCCCAAAAUUUCUCAUAUCCCCGAAGUCUAUGAGGAUGGGAAUCAAAUACCAACUCAUGCUCAGUAAAUGUCGCCGAAGGCAUACAGCACAAAUAAAGUCGAGACAGAGCAGCAGCGAAAACCAUCUUUUUUUGUUGAACUUAAGAGUUUAAUUUACUUUGAUAUAUACUGUAAGUAUGUCACAAUUUAGUUAUUAGCUCGAAAUAUUUUACUUUUGCCUUGUUGAAUUUGUGUGGUCAUUGUUAUGAAAUAAAAACUUGCAAGCUUAUGCGUUAUGC